AUGAAGCAAGCCUUGGCCAUGCUUUGGGCCCUCGCGGCUUUGUCUCUUGCUGACCAUGCCACCACGACUUCGACUAUCGAAGACACAUCCUACACCACGUCCACAAUAACAAUCACUAUCACGGUCAUGCUGUCCAUCACUGGAAUGUCAACAAGCGCCGAAUCAUCUGCCCAAAACCAGCCUCGAUGGGCACAUAACCACUCGGAUCUCCCAAGCCAUCCGUCCACGUCAACCGAAAUCCCAUACCCAACCACCAACAACACCAUUUCAAUAUCCUCCAACACAACUCAUCCCUAUCUCACCUCGUUAAUCUGCCACACGAUGAUCAUCAAAACCACCCUUCCCCCAUCCACAAUAACCACAACUUCAACCCUCACAGUCACCACAACUUCCAUCACCACCCCAACCCCUUCCGCCUCCUGCACUCCGGGCACCUGCGGCACCUACACAUUCACCCCCUGCCCUUCCGCCCCCUUGGGUGAUUGUCUCUGCGGCCUCGACCCGGACGGCCAAGCCUUCUGCUCGUUAGAUGACUGGUGCCAGAACGAGAUCGGCUGCGAUACCAACGCCGAGUGCCUGACGCCAGCAUCAGGGCAGACCGGGGAAGGUUUCAGGUGCCUGGUGGGCAGUUGUUGUGACAACGAGGUGGCGGAUGAUGGCCAGGGAGGAGGGAGUGUGGCGAAAAGGAAGGGGAAGUGUGUCAAAGAGAGGGGAGCGGUUUGUUUGAAUGAGGUCGUCGAGGCGGGGUUGAGGUUGAGGGGGUUAGGGGUCUAUGGGAUGUCGAGGAUGGGGAGAUUGAGGAGGAUGGCGGACAAGGUUGGAGGAGUGAGAGGGUUGAGUAAUGGUGGGAGGUGGUGA